UAUUAUUAUUAUUUUUGUGCCUAUAAUGAGUCGAGACAAUACGUGGUUCCAACUGCCUACGAGUCAACCAUCUGUACCUCCGUCCAUCUACAUCUAUCUAUGUAAGGCGACGACCGGUUCAAAUCUCCCUGGGUUUCCGCCACCCCUACUCCUAUCUCGGGGACUCUCUCUCAACCUCGUCUCUAUUGACGCCCAAUCUUUCCUCUUCCUUUCCCCCUUCUCCUCUCCUCGUCUUCUGCAUCCAUUUGUCUUCCAUCGAAUAGUAUGCUUGGAUAUUAACCGCACCAGCUGCGAUUAUUCAUGGAGAGAAGCCAAACCGUUACUCAGAAAUUUAGCAGCUUCUCCUCCUCCUCCUCCUCCACCUCCGGCCGCGACGACAAACCCCGGGAGAUCGACCGCAGCCGCUCCUUAGGCCCCGUCAAGCUGGAAAAGAGCUACGGGAAGAAGGAGAGGGACACCGAGACGGUGACAAUCGAGGAGGAUGAAGAAGAAGGACAGGAAGAGGAGGAGGUGGAGGUUGUUGUGGUCGUCAACAAGGAGGAGGAAGCAAGCAGCGCUCCCGAAGAGCCACCGGAAGCCAGCUUUGGCUCCAUUUCGGAGGAAGUCGAUGGUUUCCUCUCCUUUCUUCUCAGCAUUGACGAUGGGCGGGAUCAGUGGCCUGAGCCGCCGGCGAUGCCCGAACCUACCAUCAAGAAGUUUCUUGAUUUCGUGGAGGAGGAGCUGGUCAAGUAUGAAUCCGGCAAGGAUGGAGCGUCUCCUCCUGCCAACGACGAGCUCGUCCUUUUCGACGCCAUUGAUCGGGUGGCCAAGCUGACUUCCGCGUUAUCGAUCUUCUCGUCGGAUACCAAGUAUAACAAGGCGAUGACUCGCGCCAGCAGCAUCCUCCGCUACGCGAUGUGUUUCCUCGAGGACGAGUUCCAUUCCCUUCUCGAGGACUCUAAACCGAAGAAGGAUACCGGCACUGCCAGGCCGAAGACUAAGCGGCGGCCGUCGAUCGGACACCUUCACGAUGCCAUCGAUCGCUGCGUUCCGCCGCCGUCGGAACCCGAUCUUGCCGAAUUUCCUUCGACUUAUACGCCGGAGAUCAUCGAGAGGCUGAGUGGGAUCGCCGGCGCCGUGGUCUCCGCCGGGUACGCGACGGAGUGCUGCCAGGUGUUCACCAUCUCCCGCCGCAAUGCGUUCGACGUCGCCCUGUCGAACCUCGGGUACGAGAAGCUCGGCGUCGACGACGUGCAGAAGAUGCCGUGGGAUUCGCUGGAGGCCAAGAUCGCGACGUGGAACAAGGUCUUCCGGCAGACCGUGGAGGUCGCCUUUCCCCGGGAGCACGACCUCUGCGAGGCCGUCUUCGCCGGCCACAGCGCCAUCGCCUACAGCAUCUUCCACAACUUCGCCCGUGGCGUCACCGUCCUGCUCCUGGGUUUCGCGGAGGCCGUCGCCACGACAAAGCGCUCCGCGGAGAAGCUCUUCAAGGUGCUCGACAUGUACGAGACGUUGCGCGACAUGGUGCCGAGGAUCGAUGCCCUCUUGCGCACCACCGAAUCGGAACCGGAUGACUCCUCUGCCGCUCACGAUCUCACGACAGAGGUGGCGCUGGUUCGCUCGCGCCUCGGGGAGGCCGUCGUCGCGAUCUUCUGCGAUCUGGAGACCUCCAUCAAGACCGACAUGGGGAAGAACGCCGUGCCGGGUGGCGCCGUCCAUCCGCUCACCCGCUACGUGAUGAACUACCUCAAGUACGCGUGCGAGUACAAGAACACGAUGGAGCAGGUGUUCAGAGACCACAAGAACUCGGAGAACCCAUCGUCGCAAGUGGAGGACGCCGCAAAAGGCGGCAGCGACGACAACCAUAACCCGUUCGCGAUUCAGCUAAUGGAGGCGAUGGAAUUGCUGCACACCAAUUUGGAGUCCAAGUCCAAGCUCUACAGGGAUCCCGCACUCUGCAGCAUCUUCUUGAUGAACAACGGGAGGUACGUCAUGCAAAAGAUCAAGGGGUCGACGGAGAUCCAUCAGCUGCUAGGGGACACCUGGAGCCGGAAGCGGUCAUCGGAUCUGCGGCAGUACCACAAGAACUACCAGCGGGAGACGUGGUCCAAGGUGCUGGCGUGCUUCAAGGACGACGGGCUCCAGGCGAGGGGGCACGUCGCCAAGCCGGUGCUCAAGGAGCGGCUCAAGAGCUUCAACUCCAUGUUCGAGGAGAUCCACAAGGCGCAGAGCUCGUGGGUGGUGAGCGACGAGCAGCUGCAGUCGGAGCUGAGGGUGUCGGUGUCGGCGGUGAUCGUGCCGGCUUACCGGUCAUUCCUAGGGAGGUUCUCGCAGUACCUGGAUCCCGGGAAGAAAUCAGGGAAGUACAUCAAGUUCGGGCCGGAGGAGCUCGAGAACUACAUCGAUGAGCUCUUCUCCGGCAACCCGUCAUCCAUGGUUAGUCGGAAGAGGACAUGAGUGCCGAGAGCUUCUUCUGGAUUCCCUCACAGUCUUCUGUGUCCUCCUCCUAUUCAUGUAUGUCACCAAAAAUUUUUAUCAUCAUAUCAAAUAGGGAUUUAUGGAUUCAUAUUUCAAGAAAUUAUUGAACUGACUUCUUUGGGACCUCAAAAUAUAUCUAUCUAUCAGAUUUCUUUGACUUAAAUAUAAAUAUCUAAAAUUUAUGUCAAAUUAUUUUAUAUUUUUUUAAUAUUGUAUUUCAUAUUUAUAUUUAACAAAUUUAAAUUUACAUAAUUAAAAUUUAUUUUAAUAAAUUUAAUUUUUUUUGAGCCAAAAUAAAUCAAGAAAAAGAUAAAUAAAUAAAAAUAUCAUUCACCUUUAAGAGAUUAAAAUCGAAAACGAAGAACUCUAUAAGAAAAGAAAAUUAAAACCUGCAACUUUUCUUAGGAAUUUUUCCUUUUUCUCAAUAUUUAUUUACAGGACUAUUUUUAGUUCUUGUCCGAACUCCACUACAGAUGAGAGCCUAUAUUUGAGAUCGACUUCGGCAUGGCUUGCUAAGAUUAAGAACGAUUGCAUCUGUCGAUCGUAUGAGUUCUGUCAGAAAUCUAUGCGGCUAAAAAAAGAUUUGCACCUGAUGGAGUCAGAAAUCACGAAUCCACACAUGAUUAUUAGAACACCGGCUGAAAAAGACAGCGAAGCGAAGGAGGAAGAAGAUCAAGAACAGUGCUCAAAGCCAUGAAGCAAGCAAACUAUUGGGGACAGACACACAUGGUCGUACGACAACCAGGAGAUGAGUCCUUUAUUCUACCAAGCAAUCUUUCUCGGAAGAGGCGGGUGGAUCGUCGUCUGUCUACUCGCAGGCGUGCUUCUUCGCUUCCUUCUUCUCAUG